UGCCGUUGCGGAUCUCUCCUCAUUCUCUGUGUCAUCGCAGAGCAUUCAGCACUCAUCCUCCAUGUGUAAUGCGAGUCAGAUUGACCAGAGCAGGAGAAACAAAAUAUCACUCAAAAGAAUUUCACCACAAUGGUAUGGAUUGCGCCAUCGCUCUGCUGCGGUCUCUGUGAAGGUGACAUGACAUAUUCAAGAAUGUCAGAAAUCUGAGAGAGCGGCACCAUGGAUCCUUGGAUAUUUCCAUCCUCGCCCCCCAACCUGUCCGAGCCCCUCAUGUAUGACAGCUUCAUUGUGGGCAAUGACUCGGACGAGGGCCUUAGGAAUGCGACUGACCACAGUUUCACCAGGACCAGCACAGUGGUCAUCACCUUCAUUUACUUUGUGGUUUGCGCUGUAGGGCUUAGUGGCAAUGCUCUGGUCAUCUACGUCAUCUUGCGUUAUGCUAAGAUGAAGACGGUGACCAAUAUCUACAUCCUCAACCUGGCUGUGGCUGAUGUGCUUUUCAUGUUGAGCCUCCCCUUUAUCGCCAUCCAGCUAGCCCUGGUCCACUGGCCCUUUGGUGCAGCGCUGUGCCGUGUGGUCAUGACCGUUGACUCUCUUAAUCAGUUCACCAGCAUCUUCUGUCUGAUGGUGAUGAGCAUCGACCGCUACUUAGCUGUGGUGCAUCCCAUCAAGUCUACUAAAUGGAGGAAACCCCGGGUGGCCAAGACCAUCAACUUGGCAGUGUGGGUAGUCUCCCUGCUGGUCAACAUGCCCAUCGUCAUCUACAGUGGCUUGAUUACCAAGCCAGGCGGUUGCUUUUGUACCAUUGUGUGGCCUGAGCCGGAGGAGGCCUACUACACAGCCUUCAUGUUCUACACCUUCUUUCUGGGCUUCUUCUUGCCCUUGAUGGUCAUUUGCCUGUGCUACCUGCUCAUCAUCAUCAAAGUGAAAUCUUCUGGGAUACGAGUGGGCUCCUCGAAGAGGAAGCGCUCCGAGAGGAAGGUGACACGCAUGGUCUCCAUUGUGGUAGCCGUGUUCGUCUUCUGUUGGCUGCCGUUUUACGUCUUCAACGUGACAUCGGUGACGGGCACCAUCAGCACGACGCCCAUUUUGAGGAGCACCUUCGCCUUUGUGGUGGUCCUGGGAUACGCCAACAGCUGUGCCAACCCCAUCCUGUAUGCCUUCUUGUCGGAGAACUUCAAGAAGAGCUUCCAGAACGUUCUGUGCCUCAAAAAGGUAGGUGGCCUGGAUGAGAUCGAGCGCAGUGACAGCAGGCAGGACAAGUCGCGGAUGAUGAACGAUCCCACUGAGACUCAGAGCACGCUGCUGAAUGGAGACCUGCAGACCAGCAUCUGAGAGAGAGGAGCCAAUCACUCCUAAACCUGUAGGUGCACAUACGAAUACUGCACUUACUUGUGCAAGAAACAGAUGGACAAGGAAGUUCAGAGAGAAACUGAGCAUGGGGAAAGAUAAAUCCAACAGAUGGUGAGUGCUCAACAGGCAUUCACAGUAAGCGUGUUGGUCAGUUUCUCCAAUUUAAAAAAUGCAAACCACAUGACUUAACCUUUUGCAGUGCUAGGUCAUCUUGAACCUUUUCAAAAAUGAGGAAAACUCACCUGAAAUAUUUUAAGAUAUUAAAACAAAGUUUAAUUCUGAUGGCCCUGCAUACCUAAAAGUACCAGAUCACAAUGACCAUGAGGGUCAUGCUGACAACAGAACAGAAUCCCUACUACAUAAGGAGUCAAGGUUUGCAUGUAGCUGAGAAAGUGCUCCUGGAAAACAGAUCUCUAGGAGACCCAUGUAUGGAGAACGCUCACAAAUCCAAGACUAUUAACUUUGCAGAGCUCAUCUAUCCAUUUUGAUGGAUGGAUUUGUUUUUCUCUCAAGGGGAAAGACUGAAGGAACUACCACUCUUCUGAUUGAGAACUCUCAAAUUGUUAUUAUUUUAAGUGCCGCCUCUGAAAAAUGAAGGUGCCCCCAAGCGUGGCACCACUUAUGAAUGUUUAUUGUCUACAGAAUGGGACUGAAUGCCUACAUUUAUGUGACUUAGACAGAAUGUACAGUUUUGUAUUUUACACUUUCUGGUUCAAGAAAUGAUUCAUUUACACACGUAAUGUGAUGUAGAAUAGUGAACGGUAUUUGCUUAGACCUGGUUCAAGUGAACUAUUCCUCCCUUAUCCUUAUGUAGCCUGCCUAGAGUGUUUGAUGGCAUAACUGCUGGCUUAACACUAACCAAACUGCUGCUAGAUUGUAUAGACUCGUGUAUUCGAAGAUGACAUUGUCUAGUUCUUGUUGUGUGUAUUAACUUCUUUAAGCGGGCCUUAGCAUUCUUGGUUAUUUACAAAACUGGAUGUUUUUCAGAAAGAAAUUUAUUUAAAAAAAUACAAGAAUGAGCACAGCAAUGGUCAUUUAUGAUGGACACCAUGAGUGACUUUCAGAGAUGUAAAUAGAAUUACAGUUAGAGAGCAUCUUAUGCCAUAUUCUUGUAUAUAAAACAAAAGUGAGAAAGAAGGAGAUACAUGUUGUGGGAAGAGACCUCCUCCCACAAUUCCUAAGAUAAAGAUUUCGACCCUGAUGUGUCCUUCCUCGUGAUGUGAACACACACACACACACACACACACACACACACACACACACACACACUUGCAUGGUGACAUACCUUUCGAGGGCAGCCAUGAGAGGACGGAGCACCAGAGUAUGGAGGAGUCUCUCCAGCAGCUCUCUUCAGUCCUCACGGAGAUGUCAAAUUGUGAAGGGCUAGAACAUGCACCCUCCUGGGUUCUCAUGUUCCUUCUGAUUGCAGCUUCAUUCACUCCUCUCAUCCUCACAAUCCAUGCCUGCUGUGCUGAAAGUUGGUCCCUGUUAAUAAUGAAUAGCAGGUUAUUGGUGUGAUAACAUUUAUCUUUGCAAGGUUUGCUUGUCGUUCAGUGUGCCUUUUCCCCUUGUUGGACGUGCAAGUGUGUGAAGAUGCUCUAUUUAAAUAGAGUGAAAAGCUGCUUAUGGGAAGCUGUUGCUGCUUUUAAUCUACAAUUUCUUGAUAUAAGUGAAAAUGGUAUGAAAACAAGUAAAUGAAAUCUGACGCGUCAAAAUUGAACCUCUACUGAUAGGAAUUGUUUUAGCAUGUAUGAAUUCACUCACUAAGAACUUGUGCAUAUUUUCCCAUAUAGCAAAGCUUCAAUGGGUGCUGCAAACCCAUGACUAGCUAUGCAGCCAUUUAGAAUAAAGUAAUAUUAUUUGAAAAAUUUUGGAAAAUAUUGUUUUAUGUUUUAUGACUGACACAUAAUCAUAUCCUGAUAAAUAAACUAUAGCUUGCUAUUAAGCAUAGCUAGCUAACAUUUAACUUGAUACACACAGACAAAAGUGUUGCAGAUUUGCAGUGAUUGGACCCUGACCAAAUAUUAGUGACCAAAAUUCAAUAAAGGGGCCAGGAGAAACACAACCUGUUGCUCCUAGCAAAAAUUCAGAUAAAUGCACUUUUGCAGGACGUUACUGACUGUCAAAGUAUUCCACAGAGUAAAUAUACGCUUUUUACACAUGUAGAAACAAUUUUAUUUAAUUUUUACUGUAAUAUCACUUUGCUUAUAUUUACUAUUUUAUGUAUCAUUGCACCCACUCACUGAAAAGGCAAGCUCCGCCCUGUUUUUCUCAAUGUCAAUAACAUUUUGAUGAUGCAGUUCUAAUAAUUACAUGCUCAAGUGAAAAUCUUUCUAGUUAAAAAUGAAUUAUUAAAUGAGAAAAUCGAGUUCUUACGUGUAAAAAUUUAAUUCUUACAAUUCUAGUGAGAAUUUAGUUUGAACAUCUAAUAAUUAGAAAGUCAGUCAGGCAUAAAGUAAUUUUUACUUGUAAAAACAAAAAUGGCUCCUUUGAUUAAGAAAAGGCCAGGAAUUUUUCCUAAUCAGAACGGAAUUCUUACAUGCUCAUAUAUAAUUCCCAUUAGUACAAUUUAAAUGUUGACCUUCAGUAUUGAGUAUUUUCAGUAUUUUGCAUGUUAAAUUUAGUUUGUUUACUGGUAUUAAUAACACUUCUAUAAUUUGAUUGAUGCUGUUAAGAAACAAAGUAAAAGCUAACUCGGCUUGUCAUACAUGCAAGCCUUUUGCACUGUCUAAAGUAUGUUCCCCUCAGUGCUGUAUCACAUGUGUUCAAAUGACACCUGAUGACUGUUGCUUGAGGUAAAGACUCUGAAACUCUGGUUCAGUCGGCAAAAGCACUGCCAGUUGUACAUAUUUAUAGCAUUAGGCUGUAAUAACAUGAUGCUGUCCAUCAUAUUUAUUAAUAGAAACCAAAUGUAGAUAUUACAGCCAUUGUUUUCACCAUCGCAGGUUUUAGCACUCUACUGCAUAUGUUAUGAGAGCAAUUAAAAAUAUAUAUAUUAGAUUCACUUUUCUGGCAUAAAAUGGACCUGAUUAUUAAAUAUUAAAACAUUUUUUGAAAAAUAAUGUGUGCAGAGGUCAUUUUGGGGUAUGUUGCCCUGAGGCAACAUUGUGCGACAAUGAGAA